AUAAACACUUUUUAGACUUUUUAUAUAUAACACUUUAUUAUUACAAGUUCAAAUACAAAAUAACUAUAAGCACUGUCGUAAGCUUGGUAGACCUACAACGAGGGCUGACUAUCAUCUACGUAAAGUAAUGGAGAAAUUCAGCACAUCCCGUUAUAAAUGUUAUUUACAUUACUCAAUUAACAUGCAAUUGUCAAAGCUCAAAAAAUAAAAAACGCUUCUGAAGAUUCUGUGGUUUGGACUAAAUAUAUUAAGAUGUCGUCAAACAGUACUAUUGGAAAUUCUAAAAAUACUGUUAUGCUUACUCAAACUGAUUCAGAUCCAAGUAAUGAUCUCAUACGAGAUGCUAAUAGUAACUGUGAACUUAAUUAUGAUGGAUUAAAGCAACAAUGUGAUAAGGCAAUGGAUGAGUUGAUGAAGUUGAGAAAACAACAUGGAGAAAUAAUGCGAAAAUUCGAUCAGACAAGAAAAGAAUUGGAAUACUAUCGUGAUCGAAAUAAAGUUAUGAUUAAUCGAAUUGAACAGGCUGACCAAGAAUCAUCUUCAUUAUAUGCUAAGCUAGCUGUCGAAACACAAAUUUUGAAUAGAUCCGAACAGGAUAUUCCUGAAGUUGAUACAGCAAGUGGUGAUUCGCUUAAUGAUCACUUCAUCCCAUAUGAUUCAAGGCCAGAAAAUUAUGAAGCUUUGAGAAAGGCAUAUGAAAACUUGCACACUAAUCAUUCAGCAGCUGUUAAAAAAAUGGACAAGAUGAAAGAUGAAAUUAAUCAACUAAAAAAACAAUGUGAUGAAUUAUUUAAAGAACGCGAUACAGCUUUUCGAGAAAAAGAUGGUUUUAAACAACAGUAUAUAGCUGCUAUACGCCAAUUGAAUUCAACAGUUCAAGAACGUAAUAAUCUUCAAGUUGCUAUACAAAAAAUUCAACAACAAAAUAAAGAAACGAUCAUGGAAAUGAAAGCUGCUGCUAUUUAUAGUUUAAAAGUUAGUAAGGAACUUAAAGAAUUGAAUAAAGCUCAUGGUGAUGCUGUUGAAGAAUAUAGACUCAUUAUGAGUGAGCGUGAUGUUGUUAAUAAUGAAGUCGAAAAGCUUUCUGAAGAUUUAUCUCAAGCUUAUAACAAAAAUAAAUUAUUGGAAAAUGAAAUAAAAUCUUGUAGAGAUGAAAAAAAAACUCUACAAUUGCACGUUGAAUCAUUAAAACGUGAAAUAUCAUCAGCAUUACAUGAUCGUGAUAAAGCACUUAAAGAAUGUAAUGAUUAUCAAAAAAGAUUUGGAGAGAUAACAACUAAAAAUGAAUCUCAAAGAGAAUUUAAGAGUCUUUUAAAUUAUAACUUCAGUAGAGAAAGAGAAAGAAAAAAUAGAAAUGAUUCGCGAGAACAAGAUGCUCCUUUAGAUUUAUUUAACUCUUGUAAAAAAGAACGUAUAGAUAAUCUAGAUCUAGCUAAUCAGGAAAUUGAACGUUUAAGAAAUUUAGCAAAUAAAUAUCAUAAUGAAUUAGACGAAUCUCUAGAGGAAGCAGAAAUAUCUAAAAGACGUCGUGAUUGGGCUUUUAGUGAACGCGAUAAAAUUGUGUUAGAGCGUGAAAGUAUACGAACCCUCUGUGACAGUUUAAGAAAACAGCGUGAUGAUGUUGUGAGCAAGUUAGCGCUUGCUAUUACAGACUGUGAUGAUGUGAUGAAACAAAAAAGUGAUACAGUUAAAGAACUCAAUUAUUUUAAGGAAAAAAUGGGAUCUCAAUUAGAAAAAGAAGUUCGUUUACUAAAAUUACAGUCUACUGGUUGUUAUAGUCAGGAUUCUGCAAUAGAUACCGACCUUCAAGACUGGGAUACAGAAAUAUUAAAUAUUGAUUUGGGUGUUUUAGGGACAAAUGAAGAUUUAGGAAUUGAUUUACUUGGUGGAAGAGAUGAUCCUUUGUAUCCCAACGAUAAUGCAAUUUAUAUAACAUCGGUCAAUAAAGGAAGUGUUGCAGCAAGGAAAUUGAGAGUUAAUGACUGUAUAUUAAAAGUGAAUACCCUUGAUUGUACAUCAAUUAGUAAGCGAUUAGUUUUGGAGACUAUAAGAUCAUUAAGCAGUGCUACUUUUGUUAUAAGACGAAGAAAACCUGCUUCUCCAUCUAAGAGUUUUUUCACAACUCAACUUCAAGUAAAUAAUUGUGAUCAUGGAAUCUCAUUGGAAACUGGUGUAUACAUUAAUAAAAUAACACCCGGAUCUCUGGCUGCUAAAGAUGGAAAUUUAGAUGUUGGUGAUAGAGUGUUAAGUAUUAACAACACAACAGUAGAUCAUAUAAAACAUUCAAGAGAAGCAAUGCUAUUACUGCAUGAACCUGGUGAUGUAUUAACUAUUACUACUAUGAAAUCAACAUAUUGUGCUGGAAAUUGUGGUUAUGGUCCAAAUCGUAGUACUUAUAAAAAAUAUACUAAUAGUGCAACACAAACAAAUACAUCUAAGUAUUCAAUAUAUCAAAAAUCAUAUCAAAAACCUCAAUAUGUUCAGUCAAGAGGAGUGAUGGUCGAUGUACUAGAAAAACCUCAUAAAAAUCCUUCACCUAUCAAAAAUUCUAUCUCUGAGAAAGAUCAAGAGGAUGCAAUAGCAGAAUUAGAUUCUGUAAUUGAUGCUUUUAGACCUCAUCCUGCACCCCUGACUAAUACUAAAUAUCCUUGUCAUCAUAGAAAAUCUAAGGAAUUAGACAAGAUUGGUGGUACUUGGCCAAAAGCUAGAAGUGGCCCUGUUAUUGAUCAUGGAAUUGGUACAAUACUUCAUCCUCAUAAAAAUAAGAAACGUUUGCCAUUAUCUGUACUUUUAAAUAAUCUUCCGUCUUGCUCAUCACAAAAUAAUUCAAAAACUGUUACUCCAUUAAUAGAUUUCUCUGUCAAGUCUGGUAAAGCUGGUAAAGAUUUAAUGGACUAUUAUGUUAAAAUGAAAACUGCUAAAUAUAAAAAUAGCGGUACUGAAAGUAAAACAGGGGAUAGCCUUGCCACAAAACCUACAUCACAAAAUAUGUAUGUACCAUCAUCAACCAAUGCUCAUCAUUUUUCUAUUCCACAAAACAGAAGAUAUUCUCAACCAUCUCAAUCUUAUAGCGGAAAAUCAAUGUUAUAUUGUUUUGAACCUCCUUAUAGUCAUGUUUCUCAAUUUAAUCAUGGUCACUCUCUGUCGGUUGAUAUGGACUACAAUAAAAAUACAAAUGGAUCAUCUCAUCGCAUAAUGACUAAUAUCAGCUAUCGUGGUGAAGAUAAGCCAGCAUCUAAUCAUGGUUAUGAAAUCGGUACAUUUCCUAGAAAGAGAGAAACUCCUAGAUUUAGAAUCACUUCCAACCCAAGCGUGACUAAUAAAAGUAGUGGUGGUACAGUUGACAUAUCGACUGGGAGUAUUAAUCGAUCAAUUAGUAGUGAAAGAGAUAGCCCAAUGCUAACUUUUAAAGUUGAAGUUCUUAAUCCUGGACAAAUAUCUAUGCCUGCCAAUAAGCGACAAACUGUAUAUGAUUGGGCAUCAAAAUAUUUCAAAAGACCACUACUAAGAGAUGUUCGAAGUGGUCCAUUAAAUGGCGAGUUGAGACGGAUCAGUAUAGAGAAAUCAGACGUACCUCUAGGAAUUCAGAUAUUUUGUGUCGAUAAUAGUGGAGUUUUUGUAUCUUCUGUUACCAGUGAACAUAGUGUGGCUUACAAAGUAGGUAUUCAAGUCGGAGAUCAGCUAUUAGAAGUUUGUGGAAUAAACUUGAGAAGUACAACAUAUGAGUUAGCUGCAAAUAUUUUACAGUAUUGUGGAAACUCAGUUACCAUACUAGUACAAUACAAACCAGAUAAAUACGACGAGCUAAAAGGCGCCAAAAGUUCAACAAGCAGCAGUUCAGAAACUCCAACACCAUGCAAUUCACCUACUUUGAACUACUCACCUACCAAAAAAAUGUGAAAAUUGGUAUCAGGUGGAUUCAUAGGCUCCAUUGACCAAUAUAUUACCGGAUAAUCCAAGUCUUAGUAGUCACUCUAUUCAGAAAUCCGUCCGGCCUCUGGGUGUACCUACAACUUUGUUGUCACUCGUCAGUAAGCUAUUAUCAAG